GAAAAGUUGUGCCUACACCUUCGAAGAGGCCAAAGUCCAAUGCAGACUAGAAAAUACUAACCGCGGAUUUAAAGCAUUAUACUUCAAGAGGGGAACGUUUUACUGAAUUGCAAUGGCCCGUGUAGAAACUGUUGUUAUAUUGUUGACGUUCAUACUAACGUUUAUAUGUGUGGUGGCAGUAGAAAGCGGCGGGCUGAACCUGAGAAGACAGAAGAGAGAAUGGAUCAUUCCUCCUAAGAAGUUGAAGGAGAAUGUAGAUUACACAAACAAGGAGUACAUCGCAAAGAUUCGUUCUGAUGAGCAGUACACGUCAAGAGUGAGGUACUCACUGACCGGGAUCGGUGCAAACCAACAACCCAUGAACUUAUUCACCGUCAACCCAGAUAAAGGCCUUGUCAGAAUCAACGGCAUUCUGGACAGAGAGGAGACCGCUUCCUACCAUUUACUUGGAGUAGCGAAGUACAACAAUGGAACCCGUGCAGAGAAGGACAUUGAACUGAAUAUUUUCGUUGAGGACCAGAAUGACUGCUCACCAGUGUUCGGUUUUGGCCAAUCUGGAUCCGUCAAUGAGUCCAGUGCUACAGAGACCGUUGUCAUGAAAGUGACUGCCACAGAUGCGGAUGAAGUGAACACUCUACACUCUCAGAUUUACUACAGCAUAGUGGAGAAGAGUGCUUCAAAUAAGAUGUUCAACAUUGACUGCCAGACUGGAGAGAUACUGGUUCACAGGACUACACUGGACAGAGAGACUCAAGACACCUACACCCUGACUGUAAAAGGUUCAGACAUGAACGGAGCAUUCGGAGGAAACACAGGAACAGCAGAAGUUGUGAUUAAAAUCCUGGACAUCAAUGACAACAUCCCCACCCUGGAGAAAGAAUCUUACGAGGGCAGGGUGGAGGAGAACACGGUCGGUGUGGAAGUACUGAGGAUCAAAGCCAUUGAUCUGGAUCUGAUGUACACUGAGAACUGGCUGUCUGUGUUCACCAUCGUCACAGGCAAUGAGGCCGGCUACUUCAACAUCACUACAGACGCUAAGACCAACGAAGGCAUUAUAUGGAUAACGAAGGCACUGGACUAUGAGGAGCUGAAAGUGCUCAACCUUGCCAUACGUGUUUCCAACAAAGCAGAGUACUACUUUGGCUCCUCCUCUACGAGUGGAUCCAUAGGAGGAGGGGUUAUGGGAGAAGCUAUCACGGGCGGUGGUAAGACCUACCCCAUCAAGAUUAACGUGAUCAACCAGAAAGAGGGCCCCAAAUUCAAGCCAACGGUUAAAGUGGUGACCAUCUCUGAGGACUCCAGCUUGGUCACCAUUAACAAGGUUAUCACUACCUACACAGCCAUCGACAGCGACACAUUACAGAUCGCUACCAAUGUCAGGUAUGCCAAAAUAUAUGACGAAGACCACUGGCUGAUCAUCGAUGAAAAGACAGCAGAGAUCAAGCUGAACAAACUGCCUGAUCGGGAGUCCAAAUACUUGGUCAAUGGAACAUACUACGCCAAGAUAAUAGCCAUCACAACGGAUCUGCCAUCCAAAACGGCCACAGGGACAAUAGCCAUCCAGGUGGAAGACUUUAACGACCACUGUCCCACGCUGACAGCUACGACUACGACCAUGUGUCUGGGGGAUACCGCUGUGUACGUCACGGCUGUGGAUGGGGAUGCCUUCCCCAACGGAGCUCCCUUCAAGUUCAGAGUGAUUCAGGACGACACCAAACAGAAGUGGAUGGUGGAGCACCUCAAUGCCACCACUGCCAUUUUACGAGACCAUGCCCACAUGUGGCCAGGUCACUACAAGGUUGCAGUGGAGAUCCAUGACCAGCAGGGGAAGGCCUGUGCUGACAUUCAGAUUCUGAACGUGGUUGUGUGCACCUGUGAUCAGGUCAAUAAGGUCUGCUUCGAACGUAGGACGGGCACGGACGUCACGUUAGGAGCGCCUGCCAUCCUGCUGCUCCUCCUGGGCCUCCUGCUGCUGCUGCUGGUUCCUCUCCUGCUGCUGUUCUGUCUAUGUGGAGGAGCGGCGGCCAUUGGAGACUUUAAGCCCAUCCCGUUUGACACUAAAGAACACCUGAUUGCAUAUCACACUGAAGGACAAGGAGAAGACAAGGAAGUUCCUCUCCUGAACGUUCCCGUGGAGAUGGAGCAUGGCCCCAUCAAAACUGGGAAUGUAGUGAAGUACGGGGGAAAUACGGGAUUCAUAGGAAGAAUAGGGGCGAUAGAAGGAGCUGCAGGAGGCGUGUCAGGGGACGGCUUCACCUCAUCCUCAAUGUUCACAGGAGCGCACCAACAUUACCAUGGCUUCCACCAGCCCAGUGGCAGAUUAGAGGUGGACUACGGCAUGGGCGGAGGAAUCAUGACAGAACAUCAUGAACACUCAAUGUUCUCCAGAUUACCUGCUGGUGCUUACGAUGGGAUGGCACUCUCUGAGGAAGUCCUAGAGGAGUACUACUCUGCAAAGGCCAAUCACACUGCGCAGAUCGACCAACAGAGAGAUGCCCUGCUGAUUUACGACUAUGAAGGUCAGGGGUCACCGGUUGGGUCUGUGGGCUGCUGCAGCCUACUGGGGGCUGAUGAUGACUUGGACUUCCUCACCGACCUGGGGCCCAAGUUCAAGACCCUGGCCCAGAUCUGCCAGGGGUCGAUAGCUAUGGAGGCGGAGACUGUCAAUGUGUCUGUGUCACCCACUCAUCCUAGACCUACCACAUCCACUCACACAGAGGUCAGCAGAAAUGCUCUCAAUGUCAAUACCCUGAACACCUCAGUCACCACCUCCACCCCCCUACAGGAGAGCCUGAUUACUCGGGACCAGGGAUCGGUCACCAUCCCCAGGUCUCAUAUCCAGGAGAACGUGGUGAUCCCCAGGCAGACCGUCCUCAUCCAGCAGCCCACCAUGUACUAUGCCGCUGCCCCCACCAUGUACAUGGUGGAGCCUCAGCCCCAGUUGUUGCUGGUGGAGCAGAGAGGAGGAGGUGGUUAUGUCCAUUCCCAGCAGGCGGCAGGCCAUGUGGGGGUAGGGACCGGUCAGGGGAUGGUGCAGGCAGGAGGGCUCCAUGGUUCUCGGGGUAUGCUGCUAGUAGAGAAGCAGAUGGGAGUGGGUGGUGGUGGGGGAGGCCAUGGUCAUGUCAUUAUGGGCGGAGGCCAGUUCUUACAGGGAGCCGGCCAAACUAUUACUGGGGGAGGUCACGUUAUUACAGAGACGAGCCAAACCAUUACGCAGGGAGGCCAGAUUCUACAGGGGGCAGGGCAGACCAUGAUUGGAGGAGGCCAUCUCUCGCCAGGAGGAAGCUUCUCACAGGGUUCUAGGAAAGUGCUGGUUGUUGAGAGCGGGUCCGGGCCAGCCUCGGCAGUAGGGGGCAGUGCAGGCUUAUGGGCACCCCAGGUCACCCUGCAGAGAGGCCAGGGGUCGUCCUCCACCUUUUCCUCAGGUGGUCAUAGUGUAGAGGUGAGAGGUCAGAGGGGUGCUUCCACCUUGACCUCCAGCUCCCUGUGUGGCUCGAUGGGGUCAAAUCAGGCCCCUGCUGCUGCUGUCACAGUCACCACCACACCCAUGCCCACGGCUGCACCACGUAGCAGCAGCCACACCACUGUGGUGCAAGAGAAGAAAUCUUCUGUCACUGAGAAAUACAUUGAGACCAGUACUAUAGCGUAGAAAAACAACCUCACAUUUGCUUGAAAACUUACAGUACAGCCAAGUCACUGUGGGUUUAAAAGAGAUGUUUUCUUUUUAGUCAAUGAAACAACAGUCAAGGGAGAGACUGAGGGAUUGGUGCUCUCUGCUGGUCUGAUUGUCUACCGAUUGUCAACACUACUGUUUUAUAAUGCUUUUAGUUUUUACUGGAGCGAUGGGCUUUAUUACGAUCACCAGCGGGUAUUUAAUCCUUGAUAUGAUGAAUUGAUACAUCUGUGGCUGUGGUGGAUGAUGUAUUAAUUGUUCAGGUAACAAAAUCUUUCUGUAUCUUUGAUUUAGCUUUUCUUUCUGGGAUGGUCAAUUCUUGAUCUAAUUCAUAGUUGAGUAGGCCAAUGUUAUAGCUGCACAAACGGUACAUACAAAAUUAUUGUGACAGAAGUGUGGGACCCCUCAAACAGCUCCUAUUUUUCUAUUGUAAAUAGUUUACAUUUUAAGCCAAAUAGUGCCUUGUUUUUGCUGUUUGGCCUCAUAUGCAUUAACUUAUCCCAUAACUUAUCCCAUGACUUAUCCCAUGACUUAUCCCAUAACUUAUCCCAUAACUUAUCCCAUGACUUAUCCCAUGACUUAUCCCAUGACUUAUCCCAUGACUUAUCCCAUGACUUAUCCCAUAACUUAUCCCAUGACUUAUCCCAUAACUUAUCCCAUGACUUAUCCCAUGACUUAUCCCAUAACUUAUCCCAUGACUUAUCCCAUGACUUAUCCCAUGACGAAAAGUGUGUUCAAGUUAUUGAUGCCAAGUUAAUAUCAUUUACAGAAUACAGAAUAUGGAUUUUAAAUUGUUGCGUAUAUUUUUUACAUCUGUUCAUGCAAUAUAAAAAUAGAGAUUGUGUAGGAUAUUUACCAUGAGGUUGGCUUAUUAUGCACUGAUAUGCAUUAAAGUAUGACACGGAUGUUGCUUUUAAUGCUACUGAUGUUUUUGCCAAUUAUUUCACAUCUAAUACUUUGUGGCAAUAUAAGGAAUUUUCCUGCUGUAUGUCUUUCACUCUGUAUCAAAAAGUUUGAUCAAAUGUUUUGAGAGUAACAAUAAAACUUGAGUGAUAACAUACACA